ACCGGUUCAUAUGUAAAAUUGGGAGAGCGGGUAGCGAGCAGCCCAGCACAUGUCCGUCCAUCCGGUAAGCAAUCCAUUCGUCUCCCUUUUCUCAUCCUAUCUUCUGCUCUGCAAUGGCGCUAGCACUAGCAACGCCAGUACUCCCAUCAUUCUCCAUCAUCAGCAACAAUAAUCUCUUCUGUUCAAGCAUCAAAAGUUCUCUUUCUUUCCCCAAUCCUCUUUCUCAUCCAAAGAUUGGGGGUUUGAGCAUCAAGUGCGUGCGUGUGGGAGGAGUGGAGAUUCCCAACAACAAGAGAGUGGAGUUCUCGCUGCAGUACAUCCACGGCAUUGGGCGCAGCAUAUCGAAGCAGAUUCUCUAUGAUAUUGGCAUGGAGAACAAGGUCACCAAGGAAUUGUCCGAGGAGGAGCUCACCUCUCUCCGUGACCAAGUCUCCAAGUACAUGAUUGAAGGGGAUCUCAGGAGAUUCAACGCAGUUGCGAUUAGAAGGUUGAAGGAGAUUCAGUGCUACAGAGGCAUAAGACAUAUCAAAGGGUUGCCAUGUAGGGGACAACGGACUAAGAACAAUUGCCGCACUCUCAAGGGAAAGAGGGUGGCCAUAGCAAAGAAGAAGAAGGCAUCUCGUUAGUUGGAAUUCAGUCUUCUAAUUUGUUAUUUAUGGCCAAGUUGCCCAAUUUGAAGAAGCUUUUCUUUCUAUGUUAGGUUCUAGAUUCCCUCCCCAUAAUAACAUAAUUCCUCCCUCAAAUUAAUCUUCUCAGUUACUAUUACAGUCUCUCAAUAAACUAUACUCCCUCUU